AUGAAUAAGCAGAGAAGAUUGGAUAUUGGAUUGAUUAUCGAUUUAGAAAAAUAAAUCUUCAGUAUGAAGGAUUGUAUGAGAGAAGUAAAAGAAUUGGGAAAUGGAAGAUAUCUGAAUUUAUAAAGAAUAGACGGUAAAAAUUAAGUAAAUCAAACUAGUUCUUUCUUUGGAUCAUAUAAUGGAGGAGAAAAAUCAUUAAAGAAUGGGGAGUGGACUGAAAUUAUUGAAUUUCAUGAGCAUUAAGGAAAAUAUGAAAAUGGGAAAAAGGUUGGCAGAUGGAAAAUUAGAACCUUUUAAUCUUCAUAUGGGGAAAACGACUCCUUGAAUUCUUUUGAAAGAAAAUGGUUAGAUGAAUAGUAUUAGAGCACAUAUGAGAACAUAAAGAUAAGGAGCGUUGGUGGACUUUUUUAAAAUGGAAUUAAAAUUGGAACAUGGUUAGAGCCUGAUAGCUAUAAACUCACAAUUUCAUAUGGGGGAGAAUAUAGGAACGGCAAAAAGGUUGGUUUAUGGACUAUUGAACAUUGUGGAAAACAUAUUGGUGGUGGAGAGUAUAGCAAUGAAGGUAAUGAUAUAAAAAUUGGAAAAUGGAUUGAGUUUGUCAAAUUGAAGUCUAUGUUUCUUUAUGAAGGAGAAUAUAAGAAAGGCAAAAAGGUCGGUUUAUGGACUCUUAGAUAUUGUCACUAAUCCUGGGAGACCUUAGAAAUUAAUAACAAUUAAAUUUGUGGUGGUGGAGUUUAUUGCGAUGAAGGUGAUGGCAUUAAAAUUGGAAGGUGGAUAGAGGUUUCAAAUAACCUCCAUUUUGAGAACAACCUCCAUUUUUGGAAUGGCGUGUUUAAAAAUGGGAAAAAAAUUGGAAGAUGGGAUUCAACCUAUACCAAGAAUACCUAUACCAAGAUUAACCCACUUUUUAUAAAUGGAGGAUCUUACAGUUAGGAAGGGGAUGAAAUUAAAAUUGGGAAAUGGAUUGAAUUUGAAAAUAGAAAAGGGGCAUUUAUUUACAGUGGGGUUUAUCAAUAAGGAAAAAAGGUUGGUAAUUGGGAUAUCAGUUGUACAAAUUGGUAAAGUAAGGAAAACUCAUUUACUAUAAUAGGUGGAGGGUCUUAUGAUGAAAAAGAAAAUUUUUUUAAGACUGGUUAGUGGUGUGAAUUGAGGUCGGGUUAGUAUGAUUAUUUUACUUACUAUUUGGGUUAAUAUAAAAAUGAUAAAAAAAUUGGAUGGUGGGAUAUAUUAGUGAAAGAUGCAUCAAACAGAUAUGAAAUAUAAAGUAAAGAUUCAGGGUAUAGAAAUAAUAAGGGAUUAUUUCUAGAAAUUCAAGGAUUUUAUGGGCAGGCAUAAUUGAGUUAAAAUGUUGGUACACAAUAUAACCAAGAUUAAGAAUAGGAAUAAUACAUUUUUAUAGGGGGAGGAUAAUAUGAUAUAAAGGGUCUUAAAAUAGGCUAGUGGCUUGAUUUUAAUGAGAUGAUUGUUGAUGUCGGUUAAUAUUUGAACGGGGAAAAGAUGGGACAAUGGAAUUCUUGGUCUUGGUCUCAUUCUAAUAAGAAUUAUACAUUUAUUUGUGAGGGGUAAUAUUAAAAAGAUUGUAAAAUAGGGAAGUGGAUUGCAAAUGGCAAUACGGGUUAAUACUCAAAAAAUAAUAAGGUUGGGAUGUGGAAUAAUUAAAAACCUCAUUAGUGGAGUUAUUACGAUUCUAAUGGAAUCAAGAUUUUUUCAAAUCCAUUAUAUUUAAAUGAAUCUAAAGCAAUAUUAUGGGAAGGAGAAUUUAAGGAUAGUAAAAAAAUUGGAAGAUGGGAUAUUUUACUUCGUUCUACUGUAAUCGGAGGAGGAUCUUAUGAUAAUGAAGGAAGUUGUAUGAAGAUUGGGAAAUGGAUAGAGAUAUCUUAUGAAUAGAAUAUAUUUUGUGGCGAGUAUAAAGAUAAUAAAAAAAUUGGUUAUUGGGAAGAAUAUGAUAAUUAAAUGAUAAGGGGAAAUUGUAAAUAAAUUGAAAUUAUUUCAAAUAUAUAUUAUAGUUAAUCAGGAAUAAGGAUUUUUAGGAGUGGAAAACCUGAUGUUGUACUAUGGGUAGGAGAGUUUAUAGAUAAUAAAAAAAUUGGAAGGUGGAAUAUUUUAUAUAAAUCUAUUGAAGGAAAAUAUAAGGAAUUGUAAACUUAUAAAAAUACAUCUAUCAUUAGAGGAGGAGGAUUUUAUGAUAAUGAAGGAAUGAAGAUUGGAAAAUGGGUAGAAUAAUGGAAAGGAUUGAAGACAUAUGCUGGAGUUUAUAAAAAUAAUAAAAAAAUUGGUUUAUGGAAAGUCUUAGAUUAAGAUCUUAUUAGUUCUUUUAGGAAUUAUGAUGAUAAAGGAAAUGUGAUUUAUAGUAGCGAAGAACUUAAUGUUUAUUCUUGGGGUGGACUAUUCAAUGGGAAGAUAAAGAUUGGGAGAUGGGAUAUACUUUUUAAAGCUAAAAGGUCUACAUAUUAUAAAGAAAUCGGAGGAGGAUCAUAUGAUAGUGAUGGAAGUGAUAUGAAGAUUGGCAAAUGGAUAGAGUUGAAAGAUGAAUAUAAUAUAUAUUGUGGUGAGUAUAAAGAUAACAAAAAAAUUGGCUUAUGGAAAGAAUAAACUUAGGAUAAUGGGGAGAUUAUUUCGUUUAUGAAUUAUGAUGAUGAAGGAGACGAGAUUUUUAGAAAAGGAUUGUCUUAGUGA